UCGCGACCGGAGCUGUACAUGCAGCCAGAGACGACUGAGGAAAUCCAGAAGAUCAUCAAGCUCGCACGACGAAGCAGGAGGCGCAUUGUCGUCGUUGGCUGUGGUCACUCGCCCAGCGAUAUCACCUGCACAUCAUCAUGGAUGGUCAACCUCGACAAGUACAACCGCGUACUGAAUGUCGACCGCGAAAGCAAGCGCCUCACAGUCCAGGGUGGCAUCCGUCUACGCGACCUGAACCUGGCCGCCAGCAAGCAUGGCCUCACCAUGCCCAACCUCGGAAGUAUUCACGAUCAAUCCAUCGUCGGCGCCAUCUCUACUGGCACUCACGGCAGCACCCUCAAGCACGGCCUCAUGUCCGACUCAGUCAAGUCUAUUCGCGUCGCCCUUUCGGACGGCAGCAUCGCAUACUGCUCGGCCGAUGAGAACCAGGAUCUGUUCCGCGCCGCCCUGACUUCGCUGGGAGCUCUUGGAAUCAUCACCGAAGUCGAGUUCGAGAUGACGGAUGCAACGAAUAUCGAAUGGGAACAAACACUGAAACCCCUUGACUGGGUGCUUUCGCGCUGGGAUAAAGAUCUGUGGACAAACAAGGAGUUCACCCGUGUCUGGUGGCUGCCGUACAUGAAGAGAGCAAUCGUUUGGUCUGCUUCCAAGACAGACAAGCCCGAGAGACCUCCUGUUUCAAGCUGGUACGGUGGCUCUGUCGGUUUCCACACCUACCAGAUUCUGCUUUGGGUCUCGAAUUACGUCCCUAGUAUGCUUCCUGCCAUUGAGUGGUUCGUCUUCGGUAUGCAGUAUGGCUUCUCUGACCAUGCCGUUACCAGCGGUAUCGAGCCUCAACGCACUGGUCUGCUCAUGAACUGUCUGUACUCGCAAUUCGUCAAUGAGUGGGCACUUCCUCUCGAGAAGGGUCCUGAAGCCAUCACUCGUCUUUCCGCAUGGAUCAACGGCGAGGAAGGUUCCGGUAUCCCCUUCAGUAACAAGGGUCUUUAUGUCCACGCGCCUGUCGAAGUUCGUGUUUCCGACACCUCCCGUGUUCAGCCCAGACCUUGGAUGGACAACACCAACGCAAAUGGACCUACUCUGUAUCUCAACGCAACCCUAUACCGCCCCUUCCUGAAGGAUCCUCCUUGCCAUGAACGCUACUACGAGGCUUUUGAAUACUUGAUGAAAGAGCUCGGCGCAAAGCCCCACUGGGCAAAGAACUUCUCCACCGUCACCAACGAUGAUAUGCAGAACAUGUUCGGCGAUAAUCUUACCUCUUUCCUUCGCGUUCGCGACGAAGCUGACCCUGAUGGUGUCUUCCUCGGCGCAUGGCACCGUCGCUACCUCUUGCCUGCCAACCACCCUCGCUACGCAUGCGAAGAGAAGGAGAUGGCAAGGACAAAGGCCGCCGACGGUGGUAAGAACUGGUUUGGCGAGUUGACAAAUAACCCGAGAACCGCGGACGAGAAGACCGCUCUGCUCUCAGCCACUCAAGGUCCCGAACAUGAUGAUCUGGAAGACCAACGUCGCUUCAGAGAGACUGCUGCUGAAAGCUUGUUUGGUACAAAGGUGUUUGAUAAAAUGUAAUGAUCAUGCAU